AUGGGAAAGAGAAAGCAAGUAAUGUCUGACAGAUUAGAGAAAAACUUUUCUGCUUCUAUGAAUUAUGAAUUAGAAAGUUUUUUUCCUGGUGUUAAAGAUUCUGAGUUUAGAACUAUUCCUGGCGUUAGUAAUUUAAGGCUGUCUGCUAGUUCUGUAACUUCCAAUUAUGAUGGUACUCUGCCUAGUUUUAUGACUUAUAAGGUGUCUGUUUCUGUGAAUUCUGAGUUGUCUGGUCCUACAAAUGAGUUGUCUGGUCCUACAAAUGAGUUGUCUGGUCCUAUGAAUGAGUUUUAUAGUUUUACAAAUGAGUUUUCUGGUUUUACAAAUGAGUUUUCUGGUCCUACAAAUGAAUUGCCUUGUUUUGUGAACUAUGAGUUGCCUUGUUCUGUAAACUAUGAGUUGCCUUGUUCUGUGAACUAUGAGUUGCCUGGUCCUACAAAUUAUGAGCUUUUUUGUCUUGUAAAUAAGAAAUUGUUUGGUCUUGUAAAUAAGGAAUUGUCUGUUCUUGAGAAUAAAGAGUUGUCUGGUCUUGAGAACUUCGAAGUAAACAAUAAUUUACCUGGUUCUAUGAACUUUGAGGUGGAUAGUAAUUGGUCUAAUCUUAUGAACUUUGAG